UCAAAAAUCCAAUAUAUAUCUAUGAUUCGUUUUCAUCUUAAAAUAAAUAUCAUUCUUUCAGCGUAUCAAUUCUUUUUCAAAAAGAUAUGUCUUAUGUAUAAAAUGAGAGUAUUUUUUAACACAGUGAAACGUCAUUUGAUAUUCGUUUUAUAAAAGAAAACGGAGCCACACGAUGAGAGUUACUGCUGACAAGAUUUGCCCGCAUCACGAUCUGUACGUAAUAAUAAUCGCUGUAAGAUUCAAGGGAUAUGCAUUGCGUUGCGCGGUGCGUACUAAAGUCUGGACUUCUCCGGUGAACAGUAGAUGCGCAUAGUUCUCCUGAAGAAGAGUCUUCUCUCUCUCUCUCUCUCUACCUCUCUCCCACAUUGGAUGAGGCCGCAGUGACAGUGAACUUAACACGACGAACUUCUAAUGCGUGUUUAAUAAGUGACACAUACGUGGAGUGUUUUGGUUUAGUGAAAUUGAGAUUUCAGUGUUCCUUUUCUAAAUAAAUAGAAAUUACUGAAACAUCUGUACGAGUCUACUGAGGCUAAAAGAAGAUCUACAUGGUGUCGUAGGAUGACUGAUCCAAAAAUCAAAAUGCAUUACACACCACCGAGCUCGGACACCAUUCAAACAAAGCCUUUUCCUAUUCGUGGCGAACGAGCGAAUUGUGUAAACAAGCCGCAUGUGAUUGCUAUGGUGGGGUUGCCUGCCCGUGGUAAAACGUACAUCUCAAAGAAGCUGUGUAGAUACCUCAAUUGGAUUGGUAUAAAUACAAAGGUGUUCAACUUGGGAGAAUACAGGCGACAUGCAACCACUGCUUAUCAAUGCCACGAAUUUUUCCGUCCUGAUAAUAUUAAAGCAAUGGCAAUACGUACCCAGUGCGCGAUGGACGCCCUUAAGGACGUCUGCCAAUGGUUGGAGAGCGGUGACGGCGAAGUGGCUGUUUUCGACGCCACCAACUCGACCAUCGAGAGACGACAACUAAUCAGGGACAUCGUGGUCGAGAAAAUGGGCUUCAAGCUCUUUUUUGUUGAAUCUGUUUGCAACGAUCCUGAGAUCGUUGAACAGAAUAUUAUGGAAGUAAAAGUGAGUAGUCCAGAUUAUACGAAUAUGAACAAGGAGGAAGUAUUGGCUGAUUUCAUGCUGCGAAUCGAGCACUAUCGAGAAAAGUAUCAGCCAUUGGAUGAGAAUCAAGAAAGCGAUUUAUCCUUUAUGAAAAUUUACAACACUGGCGAGAAAGUGCUAGUCCAUAAGCACGAGGGUCACAUACAAAGUAGGAUAGUUUAUUACCUUAUGAACAUCCAUAUAGUGCCACGUACGAUCUAUUUAACUAGGCAUGGCGAAAGCGUGAUGAACCUCGAAGGUAAGAUAGGCGGAGACUCGGAGUUAAGCGUUAGAGGCUGGGAAUAUGCCAAAGCAUUGGCUAACUACAUCACUGGUCAGGAUAUUCAGGGAUUGCGAGUGUGGACUAGCUGGCUGAAGAGGACCAUUCAAACGGCAAGCGACGUGAAUGUGCCCCAAGAAAGAUGGAAAGCGUUAAAUGAAAUUGACGCGGGUAUUUGUGAAGAAAUGACUUAUGAAGAAAUCGCAGAAAAGUAUCCGACAGACUUUGCCGCGAGAGAUCAAAAUAAAUUCUCAUAUCGUUAUCCGAGAGGGGAAAGUUACGAAGAUCUGGUCGCGCGAUUGGAACCAGUGAUAAUGGAAUUAGAACGACAGGGUAAUGUUUUGGUUGUUAGCCACCAAGCAGUUUUGCGAUGUCUAUUUGCUUACUUCCUAGACAAAAGUGCGGAUGAAUUACCAUAUUUACAAGUGCCACUACAUACUAUUAUUAAAUUAACGCCAGUUGCCUAUGGCUGUAAGGUGGAACAUAUUCGAUUACCAAUUGACGCAGUGAAUACUCAUCGACCAAAACCAAAGAUCCCGGGAUAUCUAGAGGAACAAUUCCGAAGGAAAGAAACAUUGCCUCGCACCUGAUAACGACAACAUUGUAGCACGACAGAGCUAAUUCUAAUCGUCGUUACGAGGUGCUGAAGACGCAUUCUUUUGGCAGCUGGCUGCCUUUAUACGUCCGAUGCAACGUGCAUCCAUUUAACUCCUUAUUUUAAUCAAAUAUACACGAAAUAUGUCCGAUAUCAUCCGACAUUAUUUCUAUACAAAUUACGUGAUCAAAGGGUUCCUUUCUGUUCUGUCGAUUUUCUAAUACGUGCCGUAUACUAGUGUAGCGUUAAAACGUGACAAAUUUUGACUUGUGACGAAAUACAGAUGUUUGUAUGUAAUCGAAAUCACGGAGAGAAUCCUAUGAAACUUAAAUGCAUAUGUAACCACAUACGUAAAUUUGUUGUGAUACUGAGUUUCCUGAUAUUUAAAAUCCUAUAUCUAUAUUUUGAGUAUUAUAUUUUAAAAAAUGGUAUCGCAUUAAACAUGUUUAACUUCUCGAUUUGUUAUAUAUUUCGUGUUGUUUGUAAAUCGUCAAUAGGAAAGAAAAGAAAAUCAAUCCCCGCAGGUAUUUCUAACAUACAUAGUGGUUAUAUAAUGACGUUUAUGUAUUUUAUAGAAAUGUUUUAUUAAUACUAACAUAUUCUGGCAAUUAUGAACUUAUCAAGUUGCGUAUAUUAUCGAUUAGGAAACAGCUGUUUUUAAUCUUCUACGGAAACUAUCGUGCCGAGCGAGAAUCAUGUUAUAUUUCAACAAUUUAUCUUUUUUACUGGUAUUAGGAAAUAGAUUCCAAAAUAUUUUUGUCAAGAAGAUUAUGCUGUGUAGAAAAUCGAAAACUUUUCGAAGUGUAAUUUAUUUUAAGAGAAGUGUACAUAUUUUUUUAAUACCCUUCACGAUGAGAAAAAGUACAUUUACUUGAAAACAA